UAUCAAGACGUCCAUCUGAUCAGAAAAGGAAUUUAAGAGGUGAUUUUCGUAUCAGUACUCCGCAGCUAUCUUUCUCGAGUUUUAAGGUGGGGGCCACGUUUCAAAUUUGAAAGCCGUCUAUCGACACUGCCCAGCAGGGGUAUUUUGCCGAACGCGAAUGGCUGUGAAGUUUGGUGAUUAGGGUCAGAAAACUGAGUGAAUACAAUUUAAGGUGAGUUUUCUAAUGACCCUAUAAGUGGAACCUGAUUCCCUCAUGAUCAGUUUCCUAACCGCAAUCACUAAACUCAGAGUCAUUCGGCAUUCUACAUUGGACAUUCAGCGUUCUGCAAAAUACCCCUGCCGGACACUGUCUAAAUUUGUAGUUUUGUUCUCGUUUGGAGAAAGCUAAGCCAAAGAUUGAGUAUUCACUAUCUUCAAGGAAAAUACUAGAUAAUUAGUAUGCCCCCGAAGAAAGAUUUCGUUGAAAUAUCUCGUUAAUUCGAUUAUUUUCAUAAAUACAUUGAUUCAUAUUUAUUUUGUGAAUUAUUUUCGUGUGCGAAAAUACAAUGUAUUUCCAUAAACUGCAUGUAGUUUACUUUUUAGCUAGUGGAGGUCUUUAACUAUAGUUUUAUGGCACAUCAUUUCUGACAUCUGCCUCCUUAAAUCUUAAAUUUCUGUCAAGAUUUGCUUCUUUAUCAAUUAAAAAAACUGCCAAACUGCGAGAUUUGUUUAAUUAGAACAGGAUAAUAAUUAGAAUCUGUUAGCUGCAUGUCAACAUUGGCAAAAAAAAGAAAAACUUGUUGACGGGCGCAAAUACAAAUUAUUACAUAAUGACGCACGCACGCACGUUAUAAUAUCUGCACUGCUAUUGCCAGCGUACUCACAAUCUUGCUUGCUUGCUUCUUCUUUUCAUGUAGGUACCUGAGCGUUUACUGCAACGGUGGUGAAGUGAUGUCGUUAUCAUUGGGGCAUAGAGAUGCUGGAAUUGUCGCCCUUGAAUCUACCAGUUUGAUUGUCCUGAAUGUGGUGUCCUUAUUGGGGAAUACAGCGAUAUGCCUAGCGGUGUACCGCAACAAGCAACUCAGGACCAUAACCAAUCUUUACAUUAUAGCCUUAGCCAUUUGUGACCUCACAUCUGCUGUAAUUGUGAUGCCGUCUUCCUCAGUAGUGCUGGUCAAGGGAGAAUGGAUCUUUGGGGAUGUCUUCUGCAACUUACAAGGUUUCUUCGUGGUUAUGAACAUUUAUGCAUCCCCAUGUCUAAUGACACUCACAGCCAUCAAUCGCUAUGUAAGAAUUUGCAGAGCGGGUAUUUAUCACAAGCUCUUCUCGAAACGUAAGAGCAUGUUAUGGAUAUUUGCAGUGUACGCUACGGUGACCGCGUACAUUGUGACCCAAGUUUUGGUCGGUAACCAGAGAAUUCAAUUCGUCUCAGGUUAUGCUGUCUGCUCCACAACGCAUCUUGGAGAAACCGCUAAGCUAAUCCAUUAUAGCAUUAUUGUGCCUGCAUUCGUAGUCGGUCCAAUCAUUCUUACCACCCUAUGUUAUUACAAAGUUUUCCGUUGCAUAAGACGUCACAACAAGGACUUCGCCACAUCCCUCAGAACCGGAAGUAGUGCUGCACUGAGCAUAUCGCGCCGUGAGUUACGAGUCAGUAUUUCCCUAUUCGUGGUGGUUAUUGUCUUCGCAUUCUGUUGGAUACCCCUCUGGAUCCUGGCUCUACUGUUCCGAUUUCAGCUGGUUGACAGUCUUUCGAGGCAUGUAACCUUGUUUAUUAUGUUUUUGGUGUUUAUCUCGUCAACCGUCAACCCGUUUAUUUAUGCAGGCAUGAACACAUCAUUCCGGAGAGAAUUUGGUCGGAUUGCCAAUUUUUGCUCACCACCAUCUGAACAGGAAUCAAGCUCGUUUCAACUGGGCCAGCUGAAGAAAAUCACCGACGAGGAACAGCGAAAUAAAUCAGUAUGCUCAGAGGAACUAAAUGCAGUGUAA